AUGGCCAUGCGUGGCCAGCACACCAAGGUGCUCCCCUCUGAACUGAACAAGGUGUGCCCCGAGAGACAAGACGACCUCACCACGCACCCCAGGAAGAUGAGCGACUUCGAGGUGGUCCCCAACCUCCAGCAGAGCAGUAGCAGUGUCUCGAAGAGCAGGCGGAAGGCACAUUUCCCCACUGGCAGCAAUGAAAAGGAAAAUCUCAUCUCAUGGAUUCCUGAAAACAUCCGGAAGAAAGAGUGCACCUACUUUGUUGAAAGCUCCCAGACAUCAGAUUCUGGGAGGAUUGUGUGCAAGUGCGGCUAUAUCAGGGAACAGCACCUGGAAGAUGCUGCCAAACCUCCCAUCUUCCUGGGGAAGGAAUGGGAUCCCAGCAGGCACAUCCAGGAAAUGCCAACAGAUGCCUUCGGUGAUAUCCACUUCACGGGCCUGGGACAGAAGAUGGGGAAGUAUGUGCGCGUUUCCUCGGAUACUCCUCCACGGGUCAUCUACCACCUCAUGACACAGCACUGGGGCCUCGAUGCACCCAACCUGCUCAUCUCAGUCACUGGGGGAGCCAAAAACUUCAUCAUGAAGCCAAGGCUGAAGAACAUCUUCCGGCAAGGGCUAGUCAAAGUGGCCCAGACCACUGGGGCCUGGAUCAUCACAGGGGGAUCCCACGCUGGUGUGAUGAAACAGGUGGGAGAGGCAGUGCGAGACUUCAUCCUGAGCUGCAGCCACAAGGAGAGUGAGAUUGUCACCAUUGGUAUAGCCACCUGGGGGACCGUGUACAACCGGGAGAGCCUCAUCUGCCCCAUGGGUGGCUUUCCAGCUGAGUACAUACUGGAUGAGGAGAACCAAGGCAGCCUGUCAUGCCUGGACAGCAACCACUCCCACUUCAUCCUGGUGGACGAUGGGACCCACGGGAGGUAUGGGGUGGAAAUCCCCCUGAGGACCAGACUGGAGAAGUUCAUUUCGGAGCAGACCAAGGUGAAAGGAGGUGUCGCCAUCAAGAUCCCCAUCGUAUGUGUGGUGCUAGAAGGAGGCCCCGGGACACUCGACACCAUCUACAACGCCAUCACCAACGGGAUCCCCUGUGUGAUUGUGGAAGGGUCUGGGCGUGUGGCUGAUGUAAUUGCACAGGUGGCCAGCCUGUCUGUGCCCAAGAUAACCAUUGCCUUGAUCCAGAAGAAGCUGAGCGUGUUCUUCCAUGACACCUAUGAGCUCUUCACUGAGGGCAAGCUGGUGGAGUGGACCAAGAAGAUCCAAGACAUAGUGCGGAGCCGGCAGCUCCUGACCAUUUUCAGAGAGGGCAAAUAUGGCCAGCAGGACGUGGAUGUGGCCAUCCUCCAGGCCCUGUUCAAAGCAUCCCGAAACCAGGACCACUUUGGUCGUGAGAACUGGGACCACCAGCUGAAGUUAGCUGUGGCCUGGAACAGGGUGGACAUUGCUCGGAGUGAGAUCUUCACAGACGACCACGAGUGGAAGCCCACAGAUCUCCACCCUGUGAUGGCAGCCGCCCUGAUCUCUAACAAGCCAGAGUUUGUGAAGCUGUUCCUGGAGCAGGGAGUACGUCUCAAGGAGUUUGUCACCUGGGACACUCUGGUUUACCUCUACGACAACAUGGCACCAUCCUGCCUGUUCCACAGCAAGCUGCAGAAGGUCCUGCUGGAGGAGAGAGAGCACACAGCUGGCUCCAAAAUGCCAAGAACCCAACUGCACCACGUCUCCCAGGUGCUGCGAGAGCUCCUGGGCUGCUCCACACAGCCUCUCUACCCCAAGCCCAAGCACACGGAGCGGCCCCGGCUCUCCAUCCCCGUCCCUCACAUCAAGCUGAAUGUUCAGGGGUCAAGUCUCCGGUCCCUCUACAAGCGCUCUGCUGGCCGAGCCACCUUCACCAUGGACCCAGUCCGCGACCUGCUUAUCUGGGCUGUGGUCCAGAACCGCAAGGAGCUGGCAGAAAUCAUCUGGGCCCAGAGCCAGGAUUGCAUGGCAGCUGCGCUGGCCUGCAGCAAAAUCCUGAAGGAGCUCGCCAAGGAGGAGGACGACACCGACACCACUGAUGACAUGCUGGCGCUGGCUGAGCAGUACGAGCACAAGGCGAUCGGCGUGUUCACAGACUGCUAUCGCAAGGAUGAAGAGAGAGCCCAGAAGCUCCUCACCCGUGUCUCUGAGGCCUGGGGGAAGACAACCUGUCUGCAGUUGGCGUUGGAGGCCAAGAACAUGAAUUUUGUGUCCCAUGGGGGUGUCCAGGCCUUUCUAACCAAAGUCUGGUGGGGGAAGAUGUGCGUGGACAAUGGGCUUUGGCGGGUGAUCGCGUGCAUGCUGUUCUUCCCACUUCUUUACACCAGCCUCAUCACCUUCAGGGAGAAGAGGCUGCAGCCUGUGGGCUGCCUGACGCGCCUCCAAGCCUUCUUCACAGCACCUGUUGUCAUCUUCCACAUGAACAUCCUCUCUUACUUCACCUUCCUCCUGCUCUUCGCCUACGUCCUGAUGGUUGACUUCCAGCCAUUGCCGUCCUGGCGGGAGUACCUCAUCUACUUCUGGCUCUUCUCCCUGGUGUGCGAGGAGACCCGCCAGCUGUUGUAUGAUCCAGAUGGGUUUGGGGUUGUGAAAAUGGCUUCCCUGUACUUCAAGGACUUCUGGAAUAAGUUGGAUAUCUGUGCCAUCCUAGUCUUUAUCACAGGGCUGACUUGCAGGCUGAUCCCGUCAACUUUAUAUCCUGGGCGCAUCAUACUGUCACUGGCUUUUAUAAUUUUCUGCCUGCGUCUGAUGCACAUUUUCACAGUCAGUAAAACGCUGGGGCCCAAGAUCAUCAUUGUGAAGCGCAUGAUGAAGGAUGUCUUCUUCUUCCUCUUCCUGCUAGCAGUGUGGGUGGUGUCCUUUGGGGUUGCCAAGCAGGCCAUCCUGAUCCACAACGAGGAACGUGUGGAGUGGCUUUUCCGUGGUGUGGUCUACCACUCCUACCUGACCAUCUUUGGGCAGAUUCCCUCCUACAUCGAUGGGGUCAACUUCAACAUCGACCAGUGUAGCCCCAAUGGGACUGACCCCUACAAGCCCAAGUGCCCAGAGACAAAUGAGGACAACAAGAAACCCAUCUUCCCAGAGUGGCUGACAGUUAUCUUACUGUGCCUGUACCUGCUCUUCACCAACAUCCUCCUCCUCAACCUCCUCAUUGCCAUGUUCAACUACACCUUCCAGCAGGUCCAGGAGCACACAGACCAGAUCUGGAAGUUCCAGCGUCAUGACCUGAUCGAGGAGUACCACGGCCGCCCACCUGCACCUCCACCCUUCAUCCUCCUCAACCACCUGCAGAUCCUGGUCCGUCGAGGCUUGCUCCGCAGGCCGGCCACGCACCACAAACAGCUCAAAGAGAAGCUGGAGAAGAAUGAAGAAGCUGCCCUCCUCUCUUGGGAGACGUACCUGAAGGAGAACUACCUGCAGCACCAGCAGUGCCAGGAGAAGCAGAACACGGAGCAGCAGAUCCGAGACAUUGCACAGAGGGUUGAUGUACUGGCAGAGCUGCUGGACUUGGACAGGGUGAAGAGGACAAGGCUGGUGGAGCAGAGGCUGGCCUCUCUGGAAGACCAGGUGCAUCAGAGUGCCCAGGCCCUGAGGUGGAUAAUGGAGGCACUGCAGGGCAAUGGCUUCAGCUCAGGAGAGGACAUGCCACCCAUGGGCUCCAGCAAAGCCUCAGAGAUGAAGGAGGUUGACCUGGAGGGGAAACCCGAGGAGAGCCAGCCUCCGUACCACGUACUUGCCCGAAACCUCCUGUACCCAGGGUCUCACACCCUCCGCUUCCCUGUGCCGGAUGAGAAGGUGCCCUGGGAGGUGGACUUCCCACUCUACGACCCUCCUGCCUACUCGGCCGACCACAAGGACAUGGCUGUGCAGGACCCGUUCAGCCUCUCCUUGGAGUCUCUCCUGAAGAUCAACUACAACACCAUGGAUGGGCUGAUCAACCGGCAGAGCUUCCACGGCCUCUAUGCCGUGCAGGACGGGCUACCGCUGAACCCCAUGGGCAGGACAGGGCUGCGAGGCCGUGGGAGGCUGCACUGCUUUGGGCCCAACCAUGCCCUGCACCCCAUUGUGACCCGCUGGAGGAGGAAUUUGGAUGGGUCCAUUAUAAGGAAGAACCUGAAGAAGAUGUUGGAAGUCCUAGUAGCCCAGUACCCGCUGUCGGAUGUCUGGGCUCUGCCCGGGGGGUCACUGGAGCCGGGCGAGAUGCUGCCACUGAAGCUCAAGUGGAUCCUGCGCCGAGAGUUCUGGCCCCAGUUCCAGAACUUGCUGAAACAAGGCACUGAGAUACACAAGGGGUACCUUGAUGAUCCCCGCAACACAGAUAACGCCUGGGUCGAGACGGUCGCCAUCAACGUGCACUUCGACAACCAGAACGAUGUGGAGAUGAAGCGGCUGAAUUCGUUCCUCCAGGGCUGCGAUCCGGAACUGUGCAUCCGCUGGCAGGUGCUGGACAGGAGAAUCCCCCUGCAUGCCAACCACAAGGAGCUCCUGCACAAGGUCUCAACCCUCCUCAGCACCUACUACUGA